UCGGGAAUUCUGGAAGAGGGAGGGGUGGGGGAUAGCUUCUCGCAUAGCGCCCACCAGGCUAACGGUCGGUAGCACUGGGGUAAACAUGGAGCUGUCUGCCGUCGGGGAGCGCGUGUUCGCGGCCGAGUCUAUCAUCAAGCGGAGGAUAAGGAAGGGUCGGAUCGAGUACCUGGUGAAGUGGAAGGGAUGGUCGCCUAAGUACAGCACUUGGGAGCCGGAGGAAAACAUUCUGGACUCCCGUUUGUUUGCAGCUUUCGAGCAGAGAGAACGUGAAAGGGAGCUGUACGGGCCCAAAAAGAGGGGGCCAAAACCGAAGACGUUUCUGCUGAAGGCCCAGGCUAAGGUCAAAACCAAGUUCUACGAGUUCAGGAGGGAGGCCGUCCGAGGGAUGCACAUCACCUUCCCGACCCCCGAGCCCGUCUUCACCCCCAGGGCCAGGGAAGGCCUGAGAGCCGUCGUUCCCACCAUCUUCCCGCCGAGCUCCGUCAACCGCGGGGAGAGCGUGCGCCCGUCUGAACCGAGCCCCCACGAGCACCGGCACCCCCCCCUACAGCAGGCCGCCUCAGACGGACACGCCCACACGCCCAAAAAGAGGGGGCCCAAGCCGAAGCCCCGCUUUGUGGACGACGGGUUCGGCCCGGCGGCGUCCGAGCCGCACAGGAGGAGGGCGGAGGAGGGGGAGAGCCACGGUGCGUACAGACUGGCCCAAUUCCAGGAGGACGAGGAGACCAGGCUGCAGAAGUCGGCCCACAGACACUCGGAGAACCACGCUCACGUCCACAAGCACCACCACCAUCAGCACCACUAUUCUCACCGUCACCACCACCACACACAGAAAGCCUCCAGCGGCGCUUCCUACAAACACUUCCACGCUCAGCGCUGCGCAGACCCGCACAGGACUAAGGACGGCUCGGCCCACCUGGCGGCGGCGCACUUCCACAAGCACCGCCCCAAAACGAGCCAGCACCCGAGCCGAGCCGCCGGGCCCCCGCCGACGGAGAAGCCUUACUUCCUGGACAGGCGGUCCCCGGCCAGGCUGGAGGACGGGCAGGACGACGUGGCCUGGAGGCCGUGCCUCAGCAACGCGGAGAAGGUGCUGGUGACGGACGUGACCGCCAACUUCCUGACCGUCACCAUCAAGGAGAGCAGCACGUCGCAGGGCUUCUUCAAGGACGGCAGAUGAUUGUGGACCACUUGGGUUGUUACCAGCAAAGCUGUUUUUCUAUGUCGUGUACAAAAGGCAAAUUGCUUCAUAAUGUUUAUAUGUGUGUAUAUAUAUAAAAAAAGAAGCUUGGCGUAUAUUUAAUGUGUUGACCAAAUGAAAUGAAGUCCAUUUGACCCGAGGCGCGGGUGAGCGUGGCGUGUCCUUUCUAAUCAGGAGGCCACUUUGUGUGCAGCGCUGGAGCCAGAAUGGAUUUCUCUCUCCCUUCCACGCUGAGCUCAACGCCGGAUCAAACCUGAGUACUGAGUGUAGUCGGUACGGUUUGAACCGGUUCGACUAACAAUAACGAGUGGUUUAUAUUUAUAAUAACAGAAAAAAAACUUAAUUGAACUUGAGCACUUUGAAUUCAGAGAUAUGUACAACAAAUGUUUUUGCUGCCCUAAGAUAUUUUGUAAUGUCUGACGUGUUUAACAUAAAUUAAAAAUUGUAACUGUAACCCCCCCCCCCCCCCCAAAGUGCAUAUAUCUGAUUUUUAUUUCAUUAACAUACAACAUUUUACUUUUUUUUUUUUUUUAUGGAAAUGUUUGCUGUAACAGAAAGCUGGCAGACUGCUUUUUAGAUGCUUUUCAAUAAACCAGUUGAGUUUCUGAUUUCUUUGA